AUGUCUCCAACCAAAGAACCCUUCACCAUAACAGCCUCUCCAUCCACCGAUAUCUGGCGCAAACCCCCUACCACCGAUGACUUCAAUGCACCCACCAACAUGGCGCCCAUUAUUCCCCUCACCUCAUUCCUCUCCUCCAAGAUCACCUUCUCGCUCCCAUGCAAAUACCGUUACGACCAAGGUGGACUUCUUCUCCACCUCACCAAGAGCGGCUCUAAAGAUCGCUGGUUGAAAACCGGCGUUGAGUUCUACAAUGGCAAACCCUUUGUUAGCACUGUUGGAUGUGACAACUUCGCGGAUUGGAGCAUCUACCCAACUGAUCUUGAUGCUAGUAAGGAUGUUGAGGUCACGGUCGAAGUUAGGAAGGAAGGUGAUGAGAAUGGGAAGGGAUUGUGGGUUUAUUGGCUUAAAGAUGGAGAGAGAAUACCAAUUAGAGAGGUUGCGUGGUUUUUUGCCAAUGAAGAGGAGUGGAAUGUUGGGGUUGGCGCAAUGGCUUGUAGGCCUGCUAAAGCGGAAGCUGUCAAUGGAGAGAGUUUGGAAGUCAAGUUUUGGGAUUUCGAGUUGCUGCAGAAAGAAUGA